CAGGAUCGUGCGAGGCCGUGUCCCGGGCACCCGUGUCCCGGGCACCCAUGUCCGCGGGCGAGCGUGCAGGUGCAAGGGGCGCAGGCGCGGUGCCUGGGGCGACAAGGCCACCCCACUCUGACCGGCGCCUCUUCCCUCAGCACGAGCCCAAGCCCGAGCUCAAGAUUGGAAUCGAAAGUGCCGUCGGCAGUGAGACGAUGGCUCGGAGCGGCGGCGAGGCGCGGCGCGUGCCGCCGCCGGCAAGGGGUAGUCGGGCGCGGCCAAAGGUGGUCAUUCCGUCCGGGAUGCCGAGCAAAGCCGAGGAGCGGGCGCUGCUGACCGGCGAGUCGGAGCAUGGCAUCACGGCCAGUUCGACGCGGGCGCGGCGGUCGGCGCGGCUGGACGACGACGACGAUGUGUGGGCGGCGACAGCCGGGUGCUGGCACGAGGCGGGCGAUGGCGAUGGCGAUGACGCAGGCGGCGACGGGCUCGCUGGUGAGAACGGUGGUGGUGAUGGCGAGACAGCGUCGUUCGACAGCGGAUGCGGGGCUUAUGUCUCGUUGCUGCGGCGGAACGCGGCGUUCCGGUGGCUGCUGGUCGGUGGCUUUGUCACCGGGCUCGGCACUUGGUUCAACGAGGUGGCUACGCUUGUCGUUCUGCAGCGUUACACAUCGUCGGCAUUCAUGGUCUCGCUCUACUUUAUCAUUCGGCUUCUAGCCUCGGCACUUUUCUCGCCGGUGGCGGGCGUGGUCGUCGACUCGGUGCCCAAGAUCAAACUGCUGCUGGGAUGCGAUGUGGCGUCGACGGUGCUGGUGUGCGGCUACCUUUUGGUCACUUCGUCCGAGACAUUGUGGAUCGUGUACGUCAACGUGGUGCUCAUCGGCAUCCUCUCCGCGCUCUUUCGUCCGUCCAAGACAGCGCUUGUAGCCGAGAUGGUGGCACCCGGCGAGGAUCUCGAGCUCGCCAACGCGCUCGACUCGAUGAUCAACUCGCUCACCUUUGCGCUCGGCUCGGCGGGCUCGGGUCUCGUCACCGGCUUGCUCGGCACGGCGCCAGCAUACAUCUUUGACGCGUCCUCGUUUGCUUUCUCUGCCGGGUGCAUGGUGAUGGUGAUGCAGUUGGCUGCCGGCGGGAGCGGCUACACGCUCGUUGUGGACUCUGGCAGCGCGUCGGCUGAUGACGCUGCCGGGGACGGCGACAGCGAGUGGGCAGUUGACACCGACACGAGCGGGUCAGCGGUGGUGCGAUGGGCAAAAGCUUAUGCUGCGGGCCUCUCGUUUGUGUUCAUCAAGCGGCCACUGCUUGGAGUUCUGGCGGUGAUCAUGGCGGGCUUCAAGUUUGCCGACGCUGCAAACGACCUCGUCAUGACACGGCUCGUUCAACGCGAGUACUCGAUGGGCAAGUCCAACUCGGGGCUCGGCCUUGGCCUAUCGUUUGUGGCUGUCUCGAUCGGCAUUGUUCUGGGUCCGUUUGCCAUGCGUCGCAUCCAGGCCUCGGUCUACGCCCAAGUGCUGCCGCUUGAUGGCCGGCUGGCGUUUAUGCAGGCGGGCAUCGGUCUGGCCGGCAUCGGCUUCUUCGUCGUUGCCCUCGACCUCCACGUGGCGGCCUACAUGGGAGCGAUGUGUCUGGUUGGCGUUGGCAUCUCGUUCAUGUGGGUCCAGGCAUGGACUACGCUACAGGAGCUCGCAAUUCCCGCCAUCCGCGGGCGGGUUCUCUCGACAGCGUCAUCGCUGCGGCUGCUCUUUGGACUGGAGUGA